AUGAACAACUCUUCCACGCAAGCUCAAUCAACCCAGGCAGUGCCAUUUAUGAAGUUUACCGAGUUAGUUGCUUGGAGUUGUGCGUUUGGUGUUGUCGAUGUUUUUAUUCUGGUUGGAAAUGUUCUUACGCUAAUAGUCUUCAUUACAAACAAGAAGCUUUUGAGGGUACGAGCCAACUACUUCUUGAUAAACUUAGCUCUAGCUGACAUUUUGGUUGGUACGUCUGCCAUUCCCAUGUAUGUUUACCACUUGAUUUCAGCGUGGCACAAAGGAAGCACUGUUUGGCACCAACGUUCAUACAAGAUUUACACGGUGGUGGACGUUUUCGUCGGUUGCGCAUCAAUAUUCACUCUAACUAUUAUUGCUUUGGAAAGAGCCUUUUCGGUUUGCUUGCCUCAUGUCCACCGCCACAUUAAAAACAAAGUCUACUAUAACCUCGUUGGGCUGAUAUGGUUCAUGUCCAUUCUGGUUGCCGUUUUGCGCUUUCUUUUCGAGAACGAAUUGUUAUCGAUAAUUUUUUUCUUCUACUUUUUGCUUGUCUUCUUUGCAAUUGCAUUGUCAAUCAUCUGCAUUUCAUACGCAGUGAUUUGGUUUCGAAUGAAGUUCCGUUUUUCCAGGAGAGACAGCAACAAGCGUUCAAGAGAACAGGACAAAAGACUAGCCAUAACGCUAUCCACAGUGACCAUGAUAUUUGUACUCACGUGGCUACCCUUCCAAAUCAUAAAUAUCGUUUCAUUUUUCUGCAAGCCCUGUCGUCAAAUGCCGAACGAGUUGGUUAAUUUCACGAAAUUUUUGCAUUAUGGAAACUCUUGUGUUAACCCUAUAGUCUACUCCUUCCUAGUUCCCGAGUUUAGAAACACAUUAACCAGAUUUUUGAGAAAAUUAAGGACCUAAUGGUGUUUAAGUAAUGGGCGCAUAAUGAUCAUAAUAAUUUGUCUCUUUCCAUUGUUCAUAAGGAAGAGCUUUAAAAUUCCGGCAUGUCUCUUGCUAUGUUAGAACAGUCCACACAAAUACCACCAAUAUACCCAGAUUUGGCAACAUUGUACAUGCACUCAUCACUAUGAACUGCUGACCAUAACGAGCAGUAAGAAUUUAAAGCUUCAAAUUAUGGCAACACUGCUACAAGAGUAUGAUGCCUCAAGGCAGUUCGAAUGUGAAAAAAAAAAUGAACUCUGUAACACUUAAACUUAUAACAGUCGUUUCCUCCUUGCAAGACUCAGCAGUUUCUGCGUGAUAGUUUUGAAACAAAAAUGAGUAAAUAUGCAAGAACAUACCACUAGGUAUAGCCACUAUGUUACAAUCAUGGAGCACUUUUUUUCUGCUGUAUUCUGGAGGAAGUUGGAUGUUAAUGCACAAUACUUGAGACAGACAAUAAAAAACAAGGGCCAGUGCCAUUUUUGUUUCCACUUUUGUGUCGAUUUUAGUCUCCAUUAUUGAAUUUUCCUUACCGUGGAGCCUUAGGCCCCGUUAAUAUGGAGAAAAGUUGUCCCAGGUAGACAUAGAAGGGUCACCUGCCUAGCCGAGCUACAAUGGGCGAAUCAACUUUUCCUGUAUUUCCUUGCAAAACGUCACGUGACAAGCCAUUUAUAUGACAAACAAAACGUUUGCUAAGCUAGAAGGGGGUGAGCCGUGUAGCCAGGUCACUCUUUUGUGAUGGUGGGGUCCUAGUCGGGCCAACCUUUCUCCACUUCGGAUCGCCCAGCUGGGUCAACUCGGUCAAGGUGAGACAAUCAGAGCAUGCACGAGCGCCGUUGGAUCGGGCAAAGGGGUCAACUUUUCUCUCAUAUAAACGUUCACAAUAAAGUUGACUUGGAUGGGAGGGUCGACCCUUCUCCUCGGGAAACGUUUUCUCCAUAUAUUCAGGGCCAUAUUAGUAUAAGCGACAAAUAUGUGCAGUAUGGUUUUUAUCCAGGGGGAGAGGAGAAGGAGAGAAAAUCCAACGCCCGCCCCGCCUUGUCGAUUGGUAAGCGCUCGACGUGAUAUCUACGUCUUAUUCCCCACAGUGCAUAAAAACUCAAUGUAGAAGGAAGAUGGAAAUAGGAAACGUUUUCUCAAGAAUGAUAUCACCCCAAAAAGCUCACGAAAAUAAGGACUGACAUUAUAUCAGAUGAAAGCUCGCUGUACUAAUUAUUACAGUAGGAGAAAAAGAAAGUUAUGAACCGCAUACUAAUUAUGAAGGAAACAAAUAUCUCGACAACACACUUAGGCUAUGUUCACACCAUACCGGAUAGCUUUUGGGCCGCCACGAAAAUCAUCCCAGAUAUAGAGGGCUUCUGUUCAAACACUGAGAACGGUGAUUUCGGCGCAACUUCUAUGACGGAGCGAAGCUGCACCGCGCCGAUCUCGAAAGCGGACCGUCACCUAUCGGAUAGUCUCUGCGCCUCACUUUGGUGCAGUGUGUCCACCUAUUCGGACCGUCGCGGAAGUAAAAGAGUAGGAGUGAGGACUGGAAUUUUGUGCACCAAACCCUCUCGGCCAACCGCCCCGGCACGAGGUUCCAUGUGUGUGAACGACUUGUGCCGCCCCGGGCCGUUGCUGUUCAUAUUAUACCGGUAUUGUGUGAAAAUAGACCUGCAGUUAAAGAGAUUGAUAUGAAUUAAGAACCAUAAACUCGGCAGUCGAGGCAGAAUUAUACCUGUAUUAAACUUCUAUGUGAUAAGUAUGAAUAAAACCUCUUCCAGUCAACGGUAUUCACAGCGUACUUUAGACAAAAAUCGCAAGUGUUUCUUGUUGGCUUCACGGGUCCCUCAACGAAGACAACGGGUCCCGAGGCUUAACUCGCAGCAUAUAUCCAAAGUGUACAUCUAAGCGUAGGAAAACCACAAAAAAGCUAAUAUGAACAGAUGAAGACAUUAACAUAGCAUACUCUCUUACGAUUAGGUUAGCAAGCUUUUGCGAUACUGACCUCAGCUCCGCCCUCUUUGCGUGGCGAGCCUUCAGUAAUCUGGUGAAAGCACUCGAAGAACUCACCGUUACUAACUGACGUCCCACUGGCACGCGGAGUCAAGAUAUGGAAUCGGAGGGCGAGAUAGUCGCCCCCUUCCUCCUGAUCUAAAUGAUUUUGGGGGAAAAAGAGACUGUGAGCAGUCCAUGGUGAAUUUUCCAUACAAAAAUCUACAAAGCUAUAAAAGGACAUAUUUUAUUUCCUCAGUCUGUGAUCCUUUCUAUUCUCCUUUGCAACUUAAUUUUUGCCCUAAUCAAGUCAAUCCCGAAUAACUACUUGACGCAAAUAGUCUGGUGAGGCAGACAUUAGGGACUGUGCAAUAAUUAUCAGGAGGGGGGGGGGGGGUGNUAAUUGAGCUGAUCCUAUGUAAAGCAAAAAUCAUGAACUUGUUUUUCAGCUUCCCCCAUAAAACAAUGGGAAUCAAACAGAUCUCGUAGACAAGCUUUGUCGGUUUUUGAUGUGAAUAAAAGUAAUGUUUCUUCAUCGACUGAAUCAAUUUGCUGAAUUCCAUAUAUAUCUGGCUCAUAACAAAGUUCAUCAGGCUCUCCUCCCAAGGAUCUAAAUAUAAUGCAAGCUCUUUUUCGUCUGUUAUUUGAAGCGUUCAAUCUCCUGUUCUUUGAUUUUUUUUCUCUGCUCCUUUCUCUUUCUGGCUUCAGGAGUUUUAGUUUUUGAGCCAAUGUGGUAAGCACCCCGGUACUUAGCAAAUGCUUUGUCUAAAUCUUGGGUGGGUGGUCGGGGGGGGCGGGGGGGUGCGACGUUAUUUUUAACAUAACAGAGGGGGGUUUAAACUAUUUUUUUUGGUUUUGGAGGGGGGGCACUGUAUAAGUUUUUGCUAGAAAACUCUAGUUUUUCAGCCCCCCUCCCCUCCUGAUAAUUAUUGCACAGUCCCUUACUGCGAUAGAUAUCGAUAAAAAAUAUACUUUCAUUAUUAGUUUAUAAUUCUUAAUGAUUUCAACAUCCUUUUCAACAGCUACUCUGGUACAAUACCACAAACAAGCCGUAAGAAAGAAAUCUUGUUAUAUUCACAUACGUCUGAUAUCUGAGCUUAGUCUUUUAGGAUAUCUAAUACAUCAGUACGUGCCCGAGGCCAUUUAAAGGGCGCUAGAGCCAUCGUUCAUCCGGCUAGUGAAUCUAACUUGCAGAGUCAUGCAAAUUAACUGGUAUCAAUCAUCUUGUGUUUUUAUUAAUUUGAUUUUAAUUAUAGAACCAUACUUCAAUGUACGAUAGUGAAAAUUCUAAGUCAAUAAUAAUGAAUAGGAUAGGUCACUCACUCAUGGGUCCAAAUCCAUCAACAAAUAGAUUAAUAAUAAACUAUUACCGAAUCCUCUUAAUACUGACUCACGAUUUCCGUUGUAUAUCAAAUUUAUGCCUUCUGGAUGUGACUGAAUUGCAUCAACUCAAUAUUGUUUGUUGACCAAUAUAUAAUGCUAUUGUUAGGUUAACGAUAUACAAAAUUUCAAAGUAUUCCAAUCCAUGCUGGUUUUGUGGUCACUUGAAGCGACCCUGGCGGCCCCAAAACUCUCUUCAAGGACUGACAGAUACGGCGCAUCUUUGGAAAUUCUGUAAAAACCGUCUGAAUAAGGCAAACUGAAGAGCCGAGUGAAAAUUGUGAGACAACCUAAGGUGAGGCUUAAACUGAAGAGUAUGGAACUGCGAAAAAGGGUUUGCACCUGAUUGGCCAUGCUCUGAAGAACAUUAGCUAACAUCAGUAAUUAUCAUCUGUAACAUUGAUGUUAUGUGAGUUAAUAGGGCAUUUGGUGGUUGUUGGUUUUUGCCAACAUGAAUAUGUUCAUCCUCAGCGUAGUUUGGGUGGCACUAAGAAACAGUAGUGUAGCCGCUUUUGCUCUUCUAGGAAUUGACGUACAUGAACACGAAGUAAUAAAGUAAAUGGAGCUUGAUCGCCCAUAUACAUCACAAUUAACAUAUAAAAUCUUGACAUGGUACCUGGCCGGACAUUCAAUGUCUGUAAUGCUGAAGUGAUUUUCAUACGGGGAUUUUGUUGUUAGGUUUAUUCUUAGCUAUGUCUUAAAAUGCAAUGUGAUCGUAUAUCCUUUUUCAGUAUAACUAUAAUAUUUUGCCGCGGGCUAUUAGUAUAAUGAAAUUGGAUAGAAUAUACCCGCGACACGGGUUCUUCUUGUAAUUUAACAAACGACUAGCGAUCCUAACCAAGUUAAUGGAGCUGAUGUGAGCGAGCAAUUCGCUGAUUUGAAGGGAAAAUAAACCAGGAAACAUAUGUACCAUUUAUCCUCUCAUUCCUUACCAGUUGAGGAAAUUAAAAGUAAAAGAGUUGUAACGUAUCAGUUGAACAAGAAAAGGUGACACAUGAAGUUCCCUUGAGUUUUUAAAAUGAAAGUUUGAAUUCAUGGACUAUUCUCACUAGAUCAUUCUUAGUGACUCCACUCAUCAACUUUCCUAAUCGAGACAUUUUCCUAAACGCCAUCUCCCCAAUUCAGUCUCAAGCCUUCUCCAAUUUCUUUUGUGCAAACUAUAGAAAUAGCCUAGAAAGCAGUUUACUUAAUGGAAGUGAAUUGCAUCUUUUUUUUUCUGUGAGAAAUGUGAUAAAUAACUGCUCUACGUCAAUGAAAAUACUACAGACGUGGCGGCAUUGAUACUUGUAUGGACAAAUGCUUCCGUCAAAACUUGUACUGUGACCUUGAUUGAUGUACGUUUUUUAAAAGAAUAUCAGUUUUCGCCAGAUCAAUUACGUCUAUUCCAUGCAGACACGAUUUCACCACUUGACAAAAAAUAAAUGAUUGUCAAUGGGUCAGUAAUGCAACCAAUGUUCUGGGAGCAGCUAACGUAUCGGUUAUGUGAUAAUUCACUAGUUUUCACCAGUUCUAAUUAGUGCACACGUCACGUAUACACUGUAAAGUCUCGAUUGCGUCCCAGCUAGUUAAUUGAAACUGGUAUAGUAGGACAGGAGAUAUACUACAGGGAUAUGAUUUACUUGACCCUGGAAAAGGGUACACUAAAAUCAUAACUUAUCGGAAUCAGUAUUUUUGCGUGCCCUGCACUCCAUCUGAAUCCCGUUUUUGGGUGUGGCUCAAAUUUGAUUUUAAUACAAAGAGGAACAAAUUCCAAGAGACAAAUAUAGCAGAACUCGGACAAUUUCAACGAAACUGCUGUAGGCGAUACGUUUUGAAUGAAGAGAUUAUCGUCAUUCGAAUUCGGUAAUUUUAGAUUUUAGCGCCCUUUAAUAUUUAUAGCCCCCGUACAAAUAUUUUGAAAUCUGAAGGAUCACAAACACCACCGGCAUUUCCAUGAUGAAACAAAAAGACCAGAAAGAUAUUCAGGUUAUAAAUUAUUUAAAGAAAUUUUAUUGGAAAAGACACGGUAUAACUUACUUUAGUUGUAAUAAGCACAUUUUCCCAAUUCAGAUUCCACGGUUCUUAGUAGUUUAUCAAUGAGUAACUAGACUAUGAAUUCAGAAUGUUAUUUUGAGUGAAAUAAUUCCUCCUCUCUUUUUCGAUCAUCCAAAGAAAGGAAAAAUGAACUAGGCUUUACGAACAUAAUUAGAGCUAACAUAUAUACAGUACCCAAUGUUACACAACAUGUGGACCUUUCGUUUACAGUUGUAAUCAGGUGAACAAACACAGGUAUGGAUACUGCCAUGAAUGUUCUUAAACCAGUCUAUCAGAAUUAACAUAACAUGCUCAGUUGCAAAAAGGGAUCUGAUUCAACUUUUUCUUUAUUCACAAUCAUACGUUUUACCGUUAGAAUCACCGUAAGAGGAAAAUUAGUCUGGUUAUUCUUUUGUGUUUGUGUGUGUGUCUGAUAAGGACAGUUCACAGUUAAGUACUAUAUUUUUUUGAAUUGUUAUUUUCACAGAGUGAUCAUGAAUACUUCAGUCACUACUGAUAGCGAGGAAGGAGAAGGCAUGCUCAGUUCUUCAAGUUAUGAAGUCAUUCUAUGGUGCGCAGUGUUCAUAUUUACAUCUAUCACGGUUCUUUUUGGAAACACUCUAGCUAUCGCUGUUUUUGUUGGCAAGAAGUUACUACGCAAGAGAAGUAAUAUACUACUACUGAAUUUAGCCACCGCCGAUCUAGUUAUUGGCAGUGUUGCUAUACCUAUGUACGUUUACAUUUUUUACAAAUCCCAUAAAGCAGAUCAACGGGAAAGCAGGAUCGUUAAUGACGUGUACCUAUGCGUAGAUAUAUUUGCUGGACUGUCAUCCAUGUUACUUUUGGUGGUUACUGCUUUGGAGAGAGUCUACUCGAUCUUCUUUCCUUUUAGCCAUAGGUGUACUUCCAGACAAUUUUACUGGCUUUCAGCUUGCUCUGCUUGGAUAAUUGCCGGUUGCGUUGCUUGUCUCAAGCUCCUCUUUUCAAGGAGAGUAAUACCUCCCUCGUAUGAUAACUACAUAAUUGUGACUGUAGUUUCUUUGGCGAUUUUGACCAUGUCAGCCUCUUAUGUAGCUAUUUGGACCAGGCUACAAUGUCGCAGGAAGAACAGUAGUGUAAUCGUGCAAGAGAAGCCCGUAGCGAUGGCAAUGUUAAUAGUCACCAUUGCCUUUCUAGGAAUGUGGUUACCAAUAUCUUUCAUAAACCUGAUUGGCAGUUUUGACAGUCGGUCGGUUCUUGUCAUCCCCUUAAACGCGAUUUACUUUGCCAAGCUUUUACAGUAUUGCAACUCUGUUGUUAAUCCUAUUAUAUACUCCUUAAAGCUUCCGCAGUUCCGCAAAGCCUUGGAUAGACUUCGUCAUAAAAGUUCCGUUAUAACAGAACACAGAACACAGAACGAUAGGCCCUUAAUAUAA